UCCUCGCUUAAAGAAGCAAACGAUAUUAAUAUUCAAAAUUACGUUUGAUUAAUAUUCUCAAUGUUAAACAAGUGACACAAAAGCAUGCACUACGACAACUAAAAUAUGUGUUUUGGGGGAAACAGUGGUACGUGCCGUUUAAGUGAAAACUCACUUCCGGAACAGAUGUGCGGAGAUGACGGGAUUGUGAUUCCAUGAAACACCCAAAGUCAUACGUGCCGACUUUCAAACGCAGAUAGAGCCGAGACAUGAGCGCCGAGGAGCGGAACCCAGCCGCCACACCCACUGCCUGUAAGGACAGCCAAGGAGAUGGACGAUGGAUGUCUCUGCACAACCGCUUUCUGUCCGACAGCAAAGGCAAAGAACCCGAUGUCCUCUUUGUUGGAGAUUUUCUCGUGCAGCUCAUGCAUCAGUUUAGCGUAUGGCGUGAAUUGUUCUCCCCGCUCCAUGCUCUGAAUUUCGGCGUGGGUAGUGAUGCGACACAGAAUGUGAUCUGGAGACUGAGCAAUGGUGAACUAGACCACAUUAGCCCAAAGAUCGUCGUGCUCUGGGUCGGGACCCAAAAUCACGGCCACACCGCUGAGCAGAUCUGUGGAGGCAUCAUGGAAAUUGUUCAAGUUGUCAAGAACAAGCUGCCGCACGCUCAAACGCUCGUACUUGGACUACUACCUCGAGGUAAAUCUCCAAACCCCCUGAGGGAGCGCAACGCCAAGGUGAACACACUGGUGCGGGAAGCCGUCACCUCCCUCCCUCAUGCCUCCUUCCUGGAUGUAGACCCAGGUUUUGUCCACUCCAAUGGCAGCAUCUCCCACCAGGACAUGUACGAUUACCUUCACCUGACCCCCCAGGCCUACCAGGCCGUGUGCGAGCCCCUGCACGCUCACCUCAAGUCCAUGCUGGACAGGUCUGCUGACAACUAAGCUCCUCACAAGAAUGACGAAUAAACACAAUUGUUUACUACGCGUCCGUGGGGGACAGGGCUGGCGUUCAUCACUUGUCCUUACAGGAUACAGGACCAAAACAUGUUUUAAUGAGUCAUACAUGCGCUUCAAUCCCUAUCCGCAUCUCUGGAAGCUUUCUCUUAUUCUUAAAACAUGUGGACACAUUUUGAAGGAUUGCUAUGUUCCAUUUACAUUAUUGCUCCAUUUUCUAAUAUUAUGCUAUACAUGAUGUUGCUUGUGUUAAACCCUGCCGAUUGGAACACUAGGAUGCUUGAAUUCACCGCUUCCAUGCAGUUUAAAAUGACGUGUACGAAUGAGAGACUGCAUUAAAGAGAGACAACAGCA